GGUGGCGCAUGCGUUAUCCGUGGCUUCGCUUCCCCGGGCGAAGCAUGAAGGGAGCCGGCUUGGAGUUGCGGGUGAAGUCUCUGCCUUGGGGUUUCUCUGGGCUUGUGGUUGUUACCGGUUAACUGGAACAAGAACGACUGACAACUUAUCUGCCUCAAGUCCUUAAAUUCUUUUCAAUAUGGCUGGAAGCAUUACUGAUACAGGGGAGCUCUACUCUCCCUAUGUUGGCUUGAUUUAUAUGUUCAACCUCAUAGUUGGCACAGGAGCUCUAACAAUGCCAAAGGCCUUUGCUACUGCUGGUUGGCUUGUCAGCCUUAUUCUACUAAUGUUCUUGGGAUUUAUGAGCUACAUGACCACAACUUUUGUAAUGGAGGCCAUGGCCGCAGCAAAUGCUCAGCUUCACUUAAAGAGAAUGGAAAAGCACAAGGAAGAUAAUAAUGAUGAAGAAAAUUCUUCACCUGAAGUUUCUGAUAAUGAAGUUCUCCCAGAUGUUUAUGAACGAUCAGAAACACGGCCUAUUCUAUCUGUGCAGAGACGAGGAGCACCUAAUAUUUUUGAAAUCACCGAAAGGGUAGAAAUGGGUCAGAUGGCCUCCAUGUUCUUCAAUAAAGUGGGAGUGAAUUUGUUUUACUUCUGUAUAAUCAUCUAUUUAUAUGGUGAUCUAGCAAUCUAUGCAGCUGCUGUCCCAGUUUCUCUCAUGCAAGUGACUUGUACUGUGACUAGCAAUCAUUCAUGCAGUGUGGAAGAUGAGACAAAGUAUAAUGACACAGACAAGUGCUGGGGGCAAAUCAGGAGGAUUGAUGCUUACAGAAUUUAUCUGGCAGUAUUUACUCUCCUUUUGGGUCCUUUCACCUUUUUUAAUGUGCAGAAAACUAAAUAUCUUCAGAUCAUGACAUCGCUAAUGAGGUGGUUAGCAUUCAUCAUCAUGAUCAUUGUGGCCCUCCUCCGAAUCACCAAGGGUCAAGGGGAAGGUCACCCCCCUCUGGCUCAGCUCUCAGGAGUACGGAAUCUCUUUGGAGUCUGCGUUUAUUCCUUCAUGUGUCAGCACUCCCUGCCAUCCCUCAUCACUCCCAUCUCCAAGAAGAAGCAUGUUAACAAGCUAGUCCUGCUGGAUUACACCUUGAUCCUGGGUUUCUACAGCCUUCUGUCUUUCACUGCUAUCUAUUGUUUCCGCAAUGGGACUCUAAUGGACAUGUACACACUCAACUUCACAAACUGUGACAUCAUCAGCAUUGCUUUUAUCCGCUACUUCCUGGGACUCUUCCCAGUCUUCACCAUCAGUACAAACUUUCCUAUAAUUGCUGUGACUUUAAGAAAUAAUUGGAAAACUCUCUUCCACCGAGAAGGGGGAACCUACCCAUGGGUAGUGGACAGGAUUUUUUUCCCAGUCAUCACACUAAUUCCUCCAAUUAUUGUGGCUUUCUGUACUCAUGAUCUGGAAUCCUUGGUGGGAAUCACUGGUGCCUAUGCUGGAAAUGGGAUCCAGUACAUCAUUCCUGCUUUUUUAGCGUACUAUAGUCGGAAGGAAACACAAAUGACCUUUAGAAAUAGCACACUCAAUAAACAUUUGUCCCCUUUCCGGCACACCUUCUGGAUUGGGUUUGUGCUGCUCUGGGGACUUUUUUGUUUUUUGUUUGUGACUGCAAAUAUCAUUUUAAGUGAAACAAAAAACUGAUGGAGCAAUAUUGCUGGUUAAGAUGAUCUCUAAGACUUCAGUUCCAGGUAUUGCACCUCAUAAGGAUAUUUUUAAGCUAAUUUAAGAUUACACUUUUAAACUACUAAUACAAUAUUGAGCUUGAUGCUCAUUUGAGGCACCUUGCUACUUGUUCAGCUCCCUUUCAGAUUCUGAUUUUCCAUUUCAUGCACAAAACAAUUGGACAUCAGGCUGCUACGACCACUUUUUAAGCAGGGUAUUUUCCUCUCUUAUUAGAAGAUGUCAGAGACUGUUGGAUGUGCAUCUAAUCCCUCACAUGAUGGAAAAGACCAGUUUUACUAAAAGUUUUGCUUUUAGUAGUCAAGCCAAUAGCCAAUGACUCAAGCAAAUUACUUACUCAGAGCUGCUUCCCUAAUCAUUCAUAUUCUUUCUGAAGUGACUUUCUCUCCUACCAACUCAUUGAAUAUUAGGAGCAAAAUGAAAGCAACUGAUGGAACUUGGUUUCAUAACAGUUAAUAUUGCAUGCUGUAUGUGGCAACCUAAGCACUCUGGAAUGGGUAGAGGAGCCCCACCACUUCCCCUUCUCCCCUAGUCCUGCUUUGAUUGUUUCCCCCAUUUGUUUCUCAGCCUUCCCAACACUUUUCCAGGUUGCCUUCUUUCAUAUAAAGCAGUCCUGUGACUGAAACUUGCCAAGCUUUAAGCUUUGUGGUUAUUUUAGCUCAGAGAUUUCCCUCCUCAAUUUGUCUAUGUACAACAUGGGUCUGAGCAGGAGGUCCUAUCAUGAACUAUACACUUGGUUGAUACAAAGCCACCUCUUGAUAAGUAAUAAGGAAUGUUUCCCAGUAUAAUGCUUUAUUUUCUCUCUAUACUGCUAACAGAAUCAUGCUAGUGUCACAGCAGCAGGGCAGGCCCUGUGCUUUCUCUAUGGGUGUGAAAAUGUUGAUUACUUACUAAAGGACUACUUUGAUAAAUGUGGAGAGCAGCUGAUAUUGUCUUGAUGCAAUAUGUUAUGAUUAAAUUUAUCUACAGAAUUUUAUAAAUUGGGAGAGAGGGGAACUAUAGAAAGUGGAAAGAGACUUGUUCUGAAAGCCAUUCCACUUAAUGUCAGAAUACUACAAACGAUGCCUCCUAACUCUUGCUAAAUCAUGAACUCCAGGCAGUGAAAUCUCAUUUCUCUCUCUCCUUAAACUGAUGAUCACAUCAUAAAAUGUAAACGUCAAAGACUUUAGAGAUUGUUGAGUCCAAUGACAUCCCAGGGUAUGGUUCAGCUAUAUAGCCUCAGAGCUUAUAGCUAUCCACACUCUGUGCAAACACCUCUUGUGAAGUCGGUCAUCAUCUGAAGGAAUCUGUUUAGCAGUUCCUAUUAUAAGGAAAUUCAGAUGAUCCAUUACUAAUUCCUUCCAUCGUUUGCCAUUCUGUCUUCUGAAAUAACUUUGAACAAUGCUGUAUACCACCCAGAGUCACUUCCUGUGAGGUGGGUGGCCAUAUACAUUUGAUUAAUAAAUACAUAAAUAAAUAAAAACAAUUCCCUCUCUACACGACAGUCAUUCCGCUACUUAAAGACAAUUCCCUGCAGUCUUCUCUUCUCCAGGUUAUCUAUCUCCUCAUAACGUUUUCCUUCCAGGUUCCUUGUCAUCCUAGCUGCUGUUUUGGGAUGCUAUGUAAACCAAACUAAAUGAGUAAAUAGCAGUUUGUCAAAGUCAUCACUAAAAUGCAAUGCCCAGAACUGGAAGCAGUAUUCUAGGUGUAGUGCUGUUCUCUUUUUCUCUUGAAUCAGGCUGUUAUAUGAUAACUAUGCCUUCUGGGGGAAAAAUGGGACAGGGGAGUUUGAAAGAGAAUUCCCAACCUCCAUCACCUAUUACAAUAUUUGGAUCUUAAAUCUGAUAUCUACAUCCAACUGAAUACAUGAUGGACAAAAUACAGGAUUUCAGUUGCUUCUAGUUGGGCCCAUAAAGCUUUGCUGAGAAGCAAUAUUUCUCCAACUGCUGUUGAUACAAAGUCACAAGAGGCAUUUGGGUCACAAAUCACAAAGUUAUCCGCAUAAAGAAAGUAUUAUUUUUUCUUUCCUUUGGCUAUAGAGGUGUUGAAAGUGCUUUUUUCUGUUAUUAAAUUUCAUCUUCCAAGCAGGUGGGUGAUGAUGCUCUUCUCCAGGCUGGUUGCACCCAUUAUAUAAAAUUUGAUAUUCACCAAGGUUAGUCGAUAAAUUUGGCGGUGUUUGGUUUUUUUUAAAAAGAAU